AGCGCCGCCCCUCCAGACUCAAGAGGUGGAGAUCCCCCUCACCCCAAUCCAGCCAAAUUGACACCCGUUUUCUCCUCCCUCUGCCCCUAUAUUACCGACACCCCCUCCUCUUUCCCCUUUCCCUCCUCCCUAAAGACAGGGGUGGAGAAAAGGGGAGUUCAGGUCGUCAUGACUGAGCUGAAGGCAAAGAUUCCCCGGGCUCCCCACGCAGCGGGCGGCGCACCCUCGCCCACCGAGGUCGAAUCCCCCCUGCUGGGUCGUCCGGACGCUGGCCUGUUCCAGGGAACCCAGACCUCAGACACUUCGCCUGUAGUUUCGGCCAUACCCAUCUCGCUGGAAGGUCUGCUCUACCCUAGGUCGUGCCAGGGUCAGGAUCCCCCAGACCGGAAGACGCUGGAUCAGCAGUCGCCGUCAGAGGUGGAGGGCGCGUACUUGGGAGUUGAAGCCACAAGGGGUACAGGAAGCUGCAACUCUAGAGUCCCAGAAAAGGACAGCGGGCUGCUGGACAGUGUUUUGGACACUCUUCUGGCGCCCUCGGGGCCCGGGCAGAGCCAAGCCAGCCCUCCCACUUGCGAGGCCACCAGCCCUUGGUUUCUUUUUGGCCCAGAACUCCCCGAGGACCCCCGUAGUGCCUCCGGUACAAAGGGGGUAUUGGCCCCGCUCAUGAGCCGGCCUGAGAGCAAGUCUGGAGACAGCUCCUCUGGGACAGGAACAGUCCAUAAGGUGCUGCCUAGGGGCCUGUCACCGUCCCGGCAGUUGCUGCUCCCGACCUCUGGAAGUCCCCAUUGGCCCGGGGCCUCAGUGAAGCCCUCUCCGCAGCUAGCUGCUGCGGCGGAGGUGGUGGAGGAGGAUGGCCCCGAGUCCGAGAGCUCCACCGGUCCACUUCUGAAGGGCAAACCUCGGGUUCUGGGAGGCACAGCGGCCGGAGGAGGAGUCGCAGCCAGCGCUCCUGGAGCGGCUGCAGGAGGCGUCACCCUUGUUCCGAAGGAAGAUUCCCGCUUUUCAGCGCCUAGAGUCGCCUUGGCAGAGCAAGAUGCGCCGGUGACGCCCGGGCGCUCCCCGCUGGCCACCACAGUGGUGGAUUUUAUCCACGUGCCUAUCCUGCCCCUCAACCAUGCCAUCCUGGCCGCCCGAACCCGGCAGCUGCUGGAAGGGGAGAGUUACGACAGCGGGGCCGCAGCCCCCAGUGCCUUUGCCCCGCCGCGGGACUCGCUCUCGGCCUCGUCCACUCCGGUUCCUUGCGGUGACUUCCCUGACUGCACAUACCCGCCGGACUCCGAACCCAAAGAUGACACAUUCCCUCUCUAUGGCGACUUCCAGCCUCCAGCCCUGAAGAUCAAGGAGGAAGAGGAAGGCGCGGAGGCCGCAGUGCGCUCCCCGCGUCGGUACCUAGUGGCCAGUGCCAACUCUGCCACCUUCCCGGAUUUCCCACUGGCGCCGCCGCCGCGAGCUCCCUCAUCCAAACCCGGGGAAGCCGCGGUGGUGGGCACAUCCUCCAGUGCCACAGUCUCGUCCGCGUCCUCCUCGGGGUCGACCCUGGAGUGCAUCCUGUAUAAAGCAGAGGGCGCGCCGCCCCAGCAGGGCCCAUUUGCGCCAUUGCCCUGUAAGCCUCCAGCCGCUGGCGCCUGCCUACUCCCAAGAGAGGGCUUGUCCUCCACCUCCGCCUCUGCUACCGCCACCGGGCCGCCACCUGCGCUCUACCCUCCGCUGGGCCUCAAUGGGCUGCCGCAGCUCGGCUACCAGACCACUGUGCUUAAGGAAGGCCUGCCGCAGGUCUACCCACCGUAUCUCAACUACCUGAGGCCAGAUUCAGAAGCAAGCCAGAGCCCACAGUACAACUUUGAAUCACUACCUCAGAAGAUUUGUUUAAUCUGUGGGGAUGAAGCAUCAGGUUGCCAUUAUGGUGUCCUUACCUGUGGGAGCUGCAAGGUCUUCUUUAAAAGGGCAAUGGAAGGACAGCAUAACUAUUUAUGUGCUGGAAGAAAUGACUGCAUUGUUGAUAAAAUCCGCAGAAAAAACUGUCCAGCAUGUCGCCUUAGAAAGUGCUGCCAGGCUGGCAUGGUCCUUGGAGGUCGAAAGUUUAAAAAAUUCAAUAAAGUCAGGGUUAUGAGAGCACUGGAUGGUGUUGCUCUCUCUCAGCCAGUGGGCAUUUCGAAUGAAAGCCAAGCCCUAAGCCAGAGAAUCACUUUUUCACCAAGUCAAGAUAUACAGUUGAUCCCCUCACUGAUCAGCCUGUUGAUGAACAUUGAACCAGAUGUGGUCUAUGCAGGACAUGACAACACGAAACCGGACACCUCCAGCUCUUUGCUGACCAGUCUUAAUCAACUAUGUGAAAGGCAACUUCUUACAGUAGUCAAGUGGUCUAAAUCACUACCAGGUUUUAGAACCUUACAUAUUGAUGAUCAGAUAACUCUCAUUCAGUACUCUUGGAUGAGCUUAAUGGUGUUUGGACUAGGAUGGAGAUCCUACAAACAUGUCAGUGGGCAGAUGUUAUAUUUUGCACCUGAUCUAAUACUAAAUGAGCAGCGGAUGAAGGAGUUGUCCUUCUAUUCUUUAUGCCUUACCAUGUGGCAGAUCCCACAGGAAUUUGUCAAGCUUCAAAUUAGCCAUGAAGAAUUCCUCUGUAUGAAAGUAUUGCUUCUUCUUAAUACAAUUCCUUUGGAAGGACUAAGAAGCCAAAGCCAGUUUGAAGACAUGAGAUCAAGCUACAUUAGAGAGCUCAUCAAAGCAAUUGGUUUGAGGCAGAAAGGAGUUGUCUCUAGUUCACAGCGUUUCUAUCAACUUACAAAACUUCUGGAUAGCUUGCAUGAUCUUGUCAAACAACUUCAUCUAUACUGCUUGAACACAUUUAUCCAGUCCCGGGCACUGAGUGUUGAAUUUCCAGAAAUGAUGUCUGAAGUUAUUGCUGCACAGUUACCCAAGAUCUUGGCAGGGAUGGUGAAACCUCUUCUCUUUCAUAAAAAGUGAAUGUCAGUUUUCUUUCAAAAAAUUAAAUCUGUGGUAUGUCAUUGUUUUGGUUAGGGUUAUGAGGUCUUUGGUUUUUAUAUUCUUCUGAACGCCUUACAUUUAUAACAUAUCAUAUUGUGUAAAUUUAUGAAAAAAAAUGUGAGAUUCUAACUUUCCUUUGUUAAGCAUCAUUCAAAUUUUAAAAGUGUCUUGUGUACCCAUAGUUUCUUUUAGAGUUUUUAAGACUGAAAGAUUGUUGAAGUAAAUUAUGUCUUAUCCAUAUUAUUUCAUACCAUUUAGGUGAGACUUUUUAACUUUUGCAUCAAACAAAUCUUCUACUUUAGAAAAAAAAUUCACAUGUAAUAAUAAAAGUCUAUUAUAUAUACUACUUAUGGAUAACUCACUUUACCUUCCUAGUUAUGUUUAGAGAAAUGAAUCUUUAAA